UCAUCCGCCGCCGUCACUUCCUGUCAGCGCCGGAGUGGACGGUGCUGGCGGCGCCCGGCUCGGCGCUCCCCUCUCCUCUUCUCCCUCCCUCCCUCCCUCCCUUCCUCCUCCUCCUCCUCCUCCUCCUUCUCCUCUCCCUCCCUCGGCGGCUGGAGCCCACUUCGCGCUGACCCCCCCACCCCCAUCCACCGGAGGCCGCUCCCCAUUUCAGCGCUGCCUAGCCAGCUUCCUGCCCUUCCCCUCCGCCCAGCCCGGGUGUCGGGACCAGGGCCUUCCUGGAGCGGCCGGCGCUUCGGCCGCCCCGCGGGAGCAGCCUCCGGAGGACAUCAGCGACCCCACGGCGCCUCCCUGCAGCCACCCGCUGAGGAGGAGCCGCCACCCCCCGCCCCCGCCGCCAUGGCGAUGAGGCAGACUCCGCUUACCUGCUCCGGGCACACGCGGCCUGUGGUGGAUCUGGCCUUCAGCGGCAUCACCCCCUACGGCUAUUUCCUAAUCAGCGCCUGCAAAGAUGGUAAACCUAUGCUACGCCAAGGAGAUACAGGAGACUGGAUUGGAACAUUUUUGGGUCAUAAAGGUGCUGUAUGGGGUGCUACUUUGAAUAAAGAUGCUACAAAAGCAGCUACAGCAGCUGCAGAUUUUACAGCCAAAGUGUGGGAUGCUGUUUCAGGAGAUGAACUGAUGACCUUGGCUCAUAAACACAUUGUCAAGAGUGUGGAUUUCACUCAGGAUAGUAACUAUCUGUUGACAGGUGGACAGGAUAAACUCUUACGCAUAUAUGAUUUGAACAAGUCUGAAGCAGAACCCAAGGAAAUCAGUGGUCACACCUCUGGUAUUAAAAAGGCUUUAUGGUGUAGGGAUGAUACACAGAUUCUUUCAGCUGAUGACAAAACUGUCCGCCUCUGGGAUAGAGCAACAAUGACAGAAGUAAAGUCUCUAAAUUUUAGUAUGUCAGUUAGCAGUAUGGAAUAUAUUCCUGAAGGAGAGAUUCUGGUAAUAACCUAUGGGAGAUCUAUUGCUUUUCAUAGUGCAGCAAGUCUGGAGCCAAUUAAAUCCUUUGAAGCUCCUGCUCCCAUCAAUUCUGCAUCUCUUCAUCCAGAAAAAGAAUUUCUUGUUGCAGGUGGUGAAGAUUUUAAGCUUUAUAAAUAUGAUUAUAAUAGUGGAGAAGAGCUAGAAUCCUACAAAGGGCACUUUGGUCCUAUUCACUGUGUGAGGUUUAGUGCUGAUGGAGAACUAUAUGCCAGUGGUUCUGAAGAUGGGACAUUGAGACUAUGGCAGACUGUGGUAGGGAAAACAUAUGGCCUUUGGAAAUGUGUGCUUCCUGAAGAAGAGGGUGGAGACCUAGCAAAACCGAAGAUCAGUUUUCCAGAAACAACAGAAGAGGAGCUAGAAGAUCUUGGUUCAGAAAACUCAGAUUCCAUCUAUAGUUCAACUCCUGAAGUGAAGGCCUGAGCACUUGGCAUUUGCCACAGAUAUUAUGCCACAUGUGGACUAAAACAGCAAUUAGCAGAUGCCUUACAGAGUUACCCUCUACAUAAGGCAAACAUGGGCAGUAAAUGAUGGGGAAUGUGAUAGCUCCAUUGUUGGAACUAGCUUGGUGUUGUCUCUUAAGUGAAAACUAUGAGAAUAUCAAAAAAUGGCGGGUAGAGUUGUGCUCAUUUAGUCCACUAUCCUACUGCCUUUUUGAAUGAACAUGUGUAAGCCAACAUCCAAUUUCUCCUAUUUCAAUUAGAUUUCUUGUAGCCAUUUUACUUUAUUAUGGAGAAAAAAAAAUGUAAUGGCCUAUUUUACUUUUUUUUUUCUGAAAGCAGAAAGACUUUUGCUUUAGUUGUUAAGAAGGGAGUACAUGAUAAAGUAUUUGGUUUGAUUUCUCUUUCAUUGUACACUGCUUCUGAACAUCUAAUUGUUUUCAGUUGUCUAAAUAAAAUGCCUCUACAACGGUC